AAGUAAAUCCGACAUUAAGAAUAAGAUGAAGUUUUUGGUGUUUUGUGCCCUGUUUGGAGCAGUAUUUGCCCACACUUGGAUGAGUUGUCCUUGGUCUUUUGAUGUCGACCCUGGCAGGCCAGCAGAUACAGUUGGACCAUGUGAAACUGAGAAUGUUUGGCACGGCGUGAAAUACCCAAACGAGUAUAAAGCUGGGGAGAGAAUGAAGGUUGGCUGGACUAGUAACAACCAUGCUGGAGGAUGGGUCAGGAUCGCUCUUGUUCCAUAUGGACAGCAUAAAACACACAAGUCUUUUGAUGACAACGUGAUGAAGGUCACUUGCUACGGACACGAUCAGCGCCCAGGACAAACUAUCUAUGGAGACUGCAAGCAUCCCUGUAAUGCCCGUGCUGGGUGUGAAUACCAGGCCUAUGAGGAGGACAAUGCUCGGUUUGACACAACUGUCAAAAUCCCCCACAAUUUGGCUGAUGGAAACUACGUUUUACAGAUCAAGAGUGCAAUGAGCUCACAUCCUCACUUUUAUUACAGUUGUGCUAAAGUAAAGGUCACUGGAGGUAAUCCAAGUAUGAAGUGUCCUCAAAGCAAACUUAUCGUUGUCCCUCACUGUCUCAAAGGUACUGCAGUGGCACUGAAGGAGUACACUAAAAACUCUAAACCAGCUCAAUUCUGUUACAAAGAAGAUGGCCCUGGGUACAUUGAUGCUGACAUGUAUCGUGUUCCCAAGAACGUACAAUGUGACCCAAGGAUCACUUGUGCUGUCAGCAUUGACGGAAAGGGCUGCAAGAACCAGCACAAAAUGAAAAGCAUCACCAAUGAUUGGAAACCAGAGCAAGUUUGUGGAGAGGUCAAACCAGCACCAGCUCCAACUUGUGAUGAUGAAAUUAAGAACCAAGGAGAAGAAAGAAUUGAUUGUGGAGGACCGUGUGCAGCUUGCCCUGUUACCAUGCCUCCAACUACCCCUGCUGAUCGAGUUUACAGUAAAUUUGAAUUCAAGAAAAUAGCCUAUCCAUCGGAGGGGUACAUCAAUGGCAAUGCUAUAGUCCAUGUCAGACAUGCAGUGAAAAAGUGGCAAAUGACUCUAUUCUUCGAUAGAAAGGUAGAGAUCAGUCAGUUUUGGGGCGGAAAAAUUGUCAGUGUGAAUGAAUUCAAGACAGUAUACGUGUUUGGAAACAAAAGUUGGAAUGGACGAGUUCCAGCGGGAGGCAAGGUAACAGUGGGAUUUGAAGGAAAGUUCCCAACUGGUGCAGUGGACACACCGAAUUUGAUGGGCAAAGAUUUCGUCGAGCCAUGAGUCACAUUGGAUGGAACACUAAAUAUCAACGAAUGUACAGUUAGAUAAAGUCAAAGCUGGAAAUUUAUUAUUCUUUCGUUUGAA